AUGAGCACUACAGGCAACAUUGCGAUUACUGGGAUUCCUACCACGGCCGGUCCAGAUGGAUCGUUCCCCCUUCGCCGAGAGCUCCGGGACCUCCAGCGCAACUAUCCUGACCACUUCAAUCUUCUCGUCCUUGCGCUGAAGGACUUCCAAGCCCUCAACGAGUCAGUCCAGACAUCCUACUACCAGAUCGCUGGUAUCCAUGGUCUGCCCUACAAGCCUUGGAACAACGUCGGCAGCAACAGUGACUGGCAGUCGACAAGCGGGUUCGGGGGGUACUGCACCCAUUCCUCGAUUCUCUUCUUGACAUGGCACCGUCCGUACCUUGCUCUCUUCGAGCAGGCUCUGUACAACUCCAUCCAGAAGAUUGCCAACCAGUUUCCUCAAGGCCCCCUCCGAACCAAGUAUGUCGAGGCGGCCAAGACAUUCCGCAUGCCUUACUUCGACUGGGCUAGCCAGCCACCUUCUGGGUCUUCAGCUUUUCCCAGUGCUUUUACGGCCCCGAGCAUCCAAGUGGUUGAUGUGGAUGGCAAGACCAAGUCCACUGCCAACCCGAUCUACCGCUUCGUGUUCCACCCGGUGAACCCCUCGCCGGGCGACUUUCCUAGACAGUGGAGCCGGUUUCCCACAACUGUCCGCUACCCCAACCCGAGAACUGGGCAGUCUCAGGAUAACCGCGUGGCACCCAUCCUGGCCAACGAGCUGGCUUCUCUUCGCACCAACGUCAGCCUUCUUCUGCUGUCUUACACCAACUUUGACGCCUUCAGCUUCAACAGAUGGGACCCGAACAUGACCCCUGGCGAGUUCGGCAGUCUUGAGGACGUACAUAACGAGAUCCACGAUCGAACUGGAGGGGGCGGGCACAUGUCUUCUUUGGAUGUGUCAUCGUUUGAUCCCCUGUUCUGGUUCCAUCAUACCAACGUCGACCGUCUCUGGGCCAUCUGGCAAGACCUCAACCCCGACAACUUCUUGACCCCCCGUCCAGCCCCUUACUCGACCUUUAACUCGACGGAAGGCGAGUCCCAGACCAAGGACACCCCCCUGACCCCCUUCUGGGACAAGUCAGCUACCAAGUUCUGGACCUCAGAGGAGAUUAAGGAUACCACGACCACCUUCGGCUACGCCUACCCCGAGACUCAAGAGUGGAAGUACAGGACCGGCUCCGAGUACCAAACCUCCAUCCGACAGGCAGUCACAACCCUCUACGGCACCAACGUCUUUGCCAACUUCGCAGCUGCCAACGUCCAUGCCAGAGCCACCGAGCACACAGAGCUGAUCAAGAGCCUGUCCCUCGCCGCUCCUCCCCCUUCGGCUCCUAUCGCAGAAGAGAAACCCCUCCUGAUCACCCAAGAGAUGAAGGCCAGCCCCAUCCCCGAACAUCUCCAACACCUCGCCCCGAACAACAAGUACCCCGAAUGGGUGGUCAACAUCCGCGCCCAGAAACACGGCCUCCACGGUGCCUUCCGCGUCAUCGUCUUCCUCGGCCCCAUUGACGAGUCCGACCCUGACUCUUGGCAGACAGAGUUCAACACUGUCGGCCGUGUCUCUGUCCUUGGGCGCUCCACUCAAGGACCGACAACCACCAAGUGCGCCAAGUGCAUCACUGAUGCGGCAGAUGAGCUGAUGAUCUCUGGCACGGUGCCUUUGACCUCGGCCCUGUUGCAGGAUAUUGUCAAUGAGAAUACUGACUUGCAUAGCCUGCAGCCAGAGGAAGUGGUGCCGUAUUUGAAGAAGGAGCUCAAGUGGAAGGUGACGAUGUUUGAGACUGGGGCGGAGAAGGAUUGUGGGGAGGUUCCGGGGUUGAGGGUGAGUGUCACUAGCACCGAGGUUACUAUUGGGGAGGAUGGGCUGCCGGAUUAUUCGGGGGUGUAUACCGUGUAUCCGGAGAUCACGGAUGGAAAGCCGGGUGGUAUGAGAGACGGUGAGCACAUCUAAGGGGACGAGAAAGCACACGUAGGAGAUGGGAACGCACGAUGGAAAUGAACACAAUAGCACAAGAAACUGGGUAUCAAAUUUCAGCCAACGUAGCAAAUAACGAAAUAACGAAGACCAUGCUUUUAUCGCCCAAACGCCGUUCCAAAAUGCCCAACCGAAACCGUGCCAAAACACCAAGUCGCCCAUCAUCUAGAAAGCAAUCCGACGUUUCCGCCCCGUGUACUUGCUCGUAGCCUUGACAACCUUUCCCUUCCUCUCCAUCUGUUCCUUCUUCUUGAUAAUCCACUGCUUGCUACCCUUCUUGAUCUCUCCCUUCCCAGACGACCUGCCCUGCCUCCGGUUAUCCACCACAUCCACCCCCUCCAUAUUCUCAACCACACCGGUAAUAUCCCCGCUCUUGGUAUUGGCCACCGCGCUCUGACCCGCCGUCAAGACCAAGUAAACCUUUACAUUCUUCGUAUCAGGAUCAUCCUCAAGCAUACCCGCCCCAAAACCAGCCUUGACCGC